AUGCCUGCGGUGAGUUUAAUAGCCUCCUUUUGGACCUUUUUACCAGAGUUGUUGAUUUCCACAUUAGCCGAUACUGCCAAAUUUCUCUUCUUGGACAUGAAAAACCACUCUUUGAACUUAACCUUUGUAGCCAAAUCCAACCUGAAAACCACUGUGGAUCCAUUAGAAACCGCAUUCACUGCGUCGUACCAAGGAACACCGUCGACGGCGACACCACCGACGGGCACGGAUUUGGCUGGAAUCGACGGCUACCUAAGCGACGGGGAGAGUUGGUGGAGAUGGGCUCGCGUUUUUGUCGGUCAUUUGGGGGAGAAGGUUUGGGGGAAGAGGGGAAAUGGGGGUAAAAUGUCGUUUCUGGGCCGGGUGGUUUCGUUUCUGUUGGGCCGGGUCAUUGCCUAG